AUGGAAAAAAAUCCUCCUCUUUUAUUAUUUUUGGCUUUUUUGGCUGCAGUGAAAAUAUGUUUGAUGUCACAAGUCCCAGAUGAGAUUAAGAAGCAAUGUGAUCAAAAGCUGAUCAUUCGAAUGAAGACAGAAUGUGUACCUUGCUCUUUAAACUUGGAAACCCAGUGCCCUGCUGGCUACACCAAAGUAACCAACAGCACUGGGAUACCAGACUGCAGGUAUUACCUAGAAAUUAAAACACACACACUUUCUUUUCCGGGAUGUCGCCACCAUUGUAUGAAGGAGUUCGAACACCCUGAGUGCUGCCAGGGCCACUGGGGCCCAGACUGCAUGGCCUGUCCAGGAGGAGCAGCAUCACCAUGCAACAAGAGAGGACACUGCUCCCAGGGCAUAAAUGGGAACGGAACAUGCACUUGUAAGGAAGGGUUCAGUGGGACAGCCUGUGAAAAAUGUACUGCAGAUAAUUUAUUUGGUCCUUACUGCACAUCAGUUUGUGACUGCGUUCAUGGAGUAUGCAACAGUGGAAUUACAGGGGAUGGAAGAUGUACUUGCUUGUCUGGAUACAAAGGGCUCAGGUGUGAUCAGCCAAUAGCUGAAUGCGAGGCCUUGCGGUGCCCUGCAAAUUCCAGAUGUACUGCCUCAGGUGAGGAUGGAAAACAACUGCAAUGCACGUGUCUGCCCAACUACUAUGGAGAUGGUACACGAUGUGAACCUAUCAACCCAUGCUCCAAAAAGGUCUGUGAUCCUAAUGCUGAUUGCAUUUACCUUGGACCAAAUCAGCACAAAUGUACCUGUCAAGAAGGUUACAGAGGAGAUGGUCAAGUCUGCUUACCCAUAGACCACUGCCAAGCAGCAUACGGGAACUGCCCUGCACAGUCCACUAUUUGCAUAUAUGAUGGUCCAGGAAAGUCCCACUGUGAAUGCAAGGAGCAUUACACAAACUUUGUACCUGGGAAAGGAUGCAGCAUGACAGACAUCUGUGAGAAAAACAACACCUGCCAUAAAAAAGCUAAAUGUUCGAUGGUUGUACCAGGACAGAUUACGUGUACGUGCCAGGCAGGCUCUGUGGGAAAUGGCUUUGUGUGCUAUGGAAACAUCAUGGAGCGCCUCCAGGAGCUGAAUGCUGAGGUGGGAGGACGAUGGCAAGGCAAGCUGACAUCUGCCUUGGUGCUCAUGGAAAAUGCCUAUGCAUGGCCACUGAGUACUCUGGGACCAUUUACCGUGCUUGUAGCAACGAACAGAGGGCUCAAAGGUACAAAUAUAAAGGAUCUUCUGAAUAAUAAAUGGAAAGCACAAUACUUUGUGAAACUCCAUGUAAUUGCUGGUCAGCUGAAUACCAGUACCUUGAAUAAUGCUAACGUAAUAUAUACUUUGACUGGCAAAUCAGGAGAGAUAUCAAAGGGAGAAAAGGAUGAUCAGUUAAGAAUUAGAAUCCAAGGAGGAAAAAAGAAAGGAAAAAUUUUGCAAGGAAAUAUUAUUGCUUCCAAUGGGAUUUUGCACAUUAUUGACAAAGCCAUGGACUACGUGGAGCCAACAUUUGAAAGCAGCAAAGAGGAAACCAUAAUGUCAGUACUUCAAGGUAAUGAAAGAUACAGCAAAUUUACAUCUUUGCUAGAGAAGACUGGCCUGGGAAUGGAUUUACAACAGGACAACAGGCCUUACACAGUCUUUGUUCCAAGUGAUGAGGCUUUGAGUAAUAUAAAAGCUGAGGUUCUGGAUUACCUGCUUUCUGCAGAGGGUUCAGGGAAGUUGCUGGAGCUGGUUCGAUAUCACAUUGUCUCUGACACUGAGCUAGAGAUUGCCAGCCUCGUCUCAAUAGAGCGCAUCAGGAGCAUGGCAAAGCAGUUCAUUUAUUUUAACAGGACCAGCACUGGACAAAUUUUGGUGAAUGGAGAAGAAAUGGAAGAAACAGAUAUUGUUGCAAAAAAUGGGCACAUUUAUACUCUCGCAGGAGUCCUGAUCCCACCCACUAUUGUUCCAAUUCUGCCACACCGCUGUGACAAGACAAGAAGUCAAGUUGCAAUGGAACCAGAGUGUUGCAAAGGUUUCUUUGGUCCUGACUGCAGUCCAUGUCCAGGAGGUUUUUCCAAACCCUGUUCAGGGAAUGGACAGUGCAUGGAUGGCCUGGGUGGAAAUGGGACCUGCAUUUGCACCGAGGCAUUUCAAGGCUCACACUGUCAGUUCUGCUCAGACCCUGGCAAAUAUGGACCCCAGUGUGACAAAGACUGCCUCUGCAUUUAUGGGAAGUGUGACAACCGAAUAGACAGCGAUGGGAUCUGUCUUCCUGGAUCGUGUAGAAGUGGAUACACAGGGAAACUCUGCAAUAAGGCGAUUGCUCCCUGUGAGCCCUCCCUACAGCUCUGCCAUGUGCAUGCAGACUGUCAGAUUAGUGAUGGUGCAGUGAGUUGUGUUUGCAAACCUGGCUAUGAGGGGGAUGGCAUGAGCUGCAGCAAAGUUGAUCCUUGUGCUGCUUUAAACUCAGAAGGCUGCAGUAUCAAUGCCAAGUGCAUUCAGACAGGACAAGGAGACCACACCUGUGUUUGCCAGGCAGGAUGGACAGGUGAUGGAAGGGACUGCUCUGCCAUCAACAACUGCCUGCUGCCCACUGGAGCAGGGUGCCAUGAAAAUGCCAUCUGCGUAUAUGUUGGGCCGGGUCAGAAUGACUGCAAGUGUAAGGAUGGAUUUCAGGGGAAUGGAAUUGAAUGCACACCCAUAAACUCCUGCCUGGAACAAAAUGGAAAAUGCCAUCAUCUGGCAACUUGUCAGUUUGACUCUUCUCGUGGCUGGGAAUGUGUGUGCCCAAGCGGUUAUGAAGGAGAUGGCAGAAUAUGCUAUGGAAAUGCUGCAGAUGAGUUAUCUAAUCUGUCAGAAGCAGCUGCAUUUAACCAAUGGGUUAAUGAGGCCAAGAUAAACUCAGUGUUGUCCACUACCUCAAACCUAACUGUCCUCGUGCCUUCUCUCCAAGCAAUUGAAAACAUGGAUGAAGAUGAGAAAGCCUUUUGGAUGUCAAAGAGCAAUAUCCCAACUCUACUGAAGUAUCAUGUGCUGACAGGAGCUUACAGCUUUGCUGAUUUUCAGAAUUUGUCAUCUUCUGACAUGCUGUCGACAUCUCUAGAGAGUAACUUUCUACACUUGUCUAAAGAAAAUGGGAACCUCACCCUUGAGGGCGCUCACAUCGUGGCUGGUGACAUCGCAUCCACAAAUGGGAUCAUACACGUUAUUGAUAAGGUUUUGACACCACUCCGCAGCACUGUCAUGCCCAGGCUGCUGGCCCGCCUGGAACAAAUGCCUGACUACUCCCUUUUCAGGGGCUACAUCAUUCAAUACAACUUGGCAAGUCAAAUAGAAGCUGCAAACACAUAUACAGCCUUUGCCCCAAAUAAUGAUGCCAUAGAAAAUUACCUAAGGGAUAAAAAGGCUGCUACUUUGGAUGAAGGGCAAAUCCGCUAUCACAUUUUGCUGGAUGAGAAGCUCCUGAAGAAUGAUCUGCACAAUGGCAUGCACAGGGAGACCAUGUUAGGGUUCUCCUACCAGGUUGGGUUCUUCCUCCACGAUGGUCAGCUAUUCAUAAAUGAUGCUCCUAUAAGCUAUACAAAUGUUGCAACAGACAAAGGAAUUAUUCAUGGGUUGGGAAAAGUCCUGGAAAUACAGAAGAACAGAUGUGACAUCAAUAAUACUGUGAUCAUUCAAGUGUACAAUGUGAUCAGUGAGGCUUCUUCAGCAAGCAAUCUUUCCCAGCGGUGUCCAGACCUAGAUGUUCCAGCAGCUGUUUUUGCAUUCACCUUCAAGCAGCAGCUGUUCCAAGAUUCGAUACUCAGCAGCCCCCUGCUUGCUACCCUGCCCUUCAGCACAGCGUUUCUGGGUUUGCAGAAAAGGGAGUGCUGCGCAGGUUUCUUCGGGCAGCAGUGCCAGCCUUGCCCAGGGAAAGCAGGGAACGCUUGCUUCGGAAACGGCGUCUGUCUGGACGGCAUCAACGGCACCGGGACCUGCCAGUGUGGAGAAGGGUUUGUGGGUACAGCCUGUGAAAGCUGCACGGAAGGCAAAUACGGCCGCAACUGCGACCAAGUGUGUGCUUGUGUCCACGGGAAAUGCAGCAGUGGGAUCAAUGGGGAUGGCUCCUGUGAAUGUGAUGCUGGCUGGAGAGGAGUGAGGUGUGAGACUGAAAUCAAAGAUGAUGCAUGCAACACCUCCUGCCAUACCAGUGCUAACUGCUUUCUCCUGUCAAAUGGCACAGCCUAUUGCAAGUGUGCAGCUGGGUUUGAAGGGAAUGGGACAUUCUGCACAGCUAUUGAUGCUUGCAAGACCAGCAACGGUGGCUGUUCUGCCAAGGCAGAGUGCAGAAGGACAACACCUGGCAAGAGAGUGUGCAUCUGCAAUGCUGGGUACACUGGAGAUGGAAUUGUCUGCCUUGAAAUCAAUCCUUGUCUGGAGGACAACGGUGGAUGUGAUAGAAAUGCAGAAUGCACACAGACUGGACCAAAUCAAGCUGUAUGCAACUGCUUGAAGGGGUACUCUGGAGAUGGCAAAAGAUGCACUUACAUCAGUCUCUGUUCACAAAAUAAUGGAGGCUGCAGUGAAUUUGCCAUCUGUAACGACACAGAGUCCACAGAAAGGACCUGCACCUGCAAACCUAACUACAUUGGGGAUGGAUUUAAGUGUCGAGGAAAUAUCUUCCAGGAACUUCUUAGGGACUACAACACAUCUAGGUUUUAUUACCACUUAGAGGCCCUGACUAUCAGAGAUAUUGCAGGCCCUGGCCCUUUCACCCUGUUUGUACCUCGCACGGACAUACUAAUGAGUGACCCACGAGUCAAAGACUGGAUUUACAAAGGAGUGAUGGCUCAAGUCCUCCGGCACCAUAUGGUGGGUUGUGCUAAUCUGUUGUACAGUGACCUGACAACAAUCACCAACAUCACCUCUCUCCAUGGGGACCCAAUACACAUCAGCUACUCUCAGAACUCAGUGGUUUUGAACAACAAUGCUGAAAUAGUACUCAGUGAUGUCGUGGGCACGAACGGCGUGAUCCAUGUCAUAAACCAAAUUCUGGUCCCAUCACAUAUGCAGGAUUUCCCCCUUAAGAAGGUAGGUAGGAUUUCUGAAAGCCUUAAAAUGGUUGCAGCUAAACAUGGAUAUGUCCUGUUCAGCAGUUUGCUAGAGAAAAACAACCUGCUUGGACUGAUCAACGAUCCUAUUCACAAACCAGUCACACUCUUCUGGCCCACAGACACAGCUAUCCGUGGGCUGCCACAGGAGCAGCAGGAUUUCCUCUUCAAGAAGUCCAACAGUGACAAACUGGUGCAGUACCUCAAAUUCCACAUCAUCCGUGAUGCUGCAGUAUUGGCCUACCAGCUACCAAGCUCCACCUCACUGAAGACCCUGCAGGGCUCCAACCUCAGCGUUAGCUGUGGAGAUAACAGGGAGAUUGGCACGCUUUUCCUGAACGACAGACAGUGUAAGAUAGUGCAGCGGCAGCUGGAGUUUGAUGGGGGCAUCGCCUACGGCAUCGACUGCCUGCUAACAGACCCCAGCCUUGGGGGACGCUGCGACAGCUUCUUCACCGUGGAUUUCAUGGGGCAUUGUGCUAGCUGUUUCCGUAAUUCUAAGUGCCCUCCAGGGACAAAGCCAAAGGAAGGGAUCGACUGGUGCACCUAUGAGUCCUACGGGCUGCAGAGGGACGGCUGCCGUAGGAACUGCUCCAUGGUCAUCCACACAGCCAAGUGCUGCAAGGGCUACUUUGGGCCAGAUUGUCAAGCUUGCCCAGGGGGCUCAGAGACCCCAUGCAAUAACCACGGCUCCUGCGAUGAUGGGUACACUGGGACAGGAGAAUGCCACUGCCACGGCGGCUUCAACGGGACCUCGUGUGAGCUCUGCAUGCCAGGCAGAUAUGGCUCCAGCUGCAGGCCCUGUGAAUGCAAGGCCACGGGGCAGUGUGAUGAAGGCUAUUCAGGAACAGGACGAUGUUUCUGUGAAACAGGAUGGACUGGUCGGCUGUGUGAAACCAAGCUAGCCCUGCAGCCAGAGUGUUCCCCACGCUGCUCCACCAAUGCUGUUUGCAUGGAGAACAACACAUGUCAGUGCAAGCCAUUUUACAAUGGGGAUGGGAUCACAUGCACAGCUGCAGACCUUUGCAAACAAAACAAUGGUGGAUGCCACAAGGCGGCCGAGUGCACCCAGCUGGAGGUUAAAGUCUUCUGUAGCUGCCAGAAGGGCUACAAAGGAGAUGGCUUUACAUGCCUUGCAAUAAACCCUUGUGCUGAUGGCUUCAACGGAGGCUGCCAUGAGCAUGCCGUUUGCAUUGUCGUAGGACCUGACAAACGCAAAUGUGAAUGUAAAAAUAACUACAUUGGUGAUGGGCUGAACUGCUCUGUGAUGCAGCUUCCUCUUGACCGCUGCUUGCAGGACAAUGGGCAGUGUCACGCCGACGCUGACUGUGCUGAUCUUCACUUCCAAGAUACCACUGUUGGAGUGUUCCACUUACGGUCCCCACAAGGGCAGUACAAGAUGACUUAUGAGAAGGCAAAGGAGGCCUGUGCCAAUGAAUCAGCCACCAUUGCUACAUAUAACCAGCUGCUGUAUGCACAGAAGGCAAGAUACCACGUGUGUGCUGCUGGCUGGCUAGAUGGUGAAAGAGUAGGCUACCCAACUGCCUUCUCCUCCCCAAACUGCGGCUCUGGAUAUGUAGGCAUUGUGGACUAUGGUAGAAGAGUCAACCUGAGUGAAACCUGGGAUGUCUUCUGCUACAGGGAGAAAGAUGUGAACUGCACCUGCAAGCCAGGCUACAUUGGAGAUGGCUUCUCCUGCAGUGGAAACUUGCUGCAAGUGCUGAUGUCCUUCCCAACACUGACGAAUUUCUUGUCGGACAUCAUGGCUUACUCCAACAGCUCUAGGAAGGGGAGAGAGUUCCUGCGGUACCUCGCGGACUUGUCAGUUCACGCCACUCUCUUUGCUCCAAACGACAGUGGAUUAAGGGAAAAUGAGACGCUUUCUGGGCGAGACAUUGAAUAUCAUUUGUCUAAUGACAGUAUAAUGUUUUAUGAGGACUUGACCAAUGGAACCACUCUUGUGACACGUCUAGGGGAAAAACUCCUCGUUACAAACAACAGGCACCAGGAACAUCAAACCCACACUGCUGAACAGAUCAGAUACGUGGACAAAAGUGCCAUUGUUGAGUGGGAUAUAGCUGCUUCCAAUGGGAUAAUCCACAUAAUUUCAGAGCCUUUGAAGGCUCCACCAGCACCUAUUCCUCUCCACACCAGUACUGGAACAGGAAUAUUCUUUGGCAUCUGCCUGGUUACAGGAAUCGUGGGGUUGAUGGGGUAUUCUUACCUCAGGUUUAGGAAGAGAAACGCAGGCUUCCAGCACUUCAAGUCAAAGGAUGACCCUGAUGUAACAUCACUGGACAAGUCACAACCUUCAAAUAUCACCAACCCCUCCUAUGAAAGUUCUUCUACACUGACUCCAACAGAACCUACUUAUGAUCUUUUCUCAGACUUGGAUGAUCAGCAGCUUGUGAUGAGUGGUCCUCAUGAUGAAAACUGAAGACCAUAUUUGGCAUUAGUAAAGUAAAACACUCAUUUCUAUUUACACUUACUGUGAAAAAAAACAGCACCUACGACAUUUCAGGGAAUAAAAUCUUGCAAACUAAAAA